GUUCUCCUCUAUUGACCUCUCUCAUUCUCUCAUUCUCAUCGCACUCUUUAACUCUUCUCCGCCUUCAAAACAUUCGCAGCCGUCACCUUGUUGGCCUAGCUGCUCUUCAGUGCCGACUCACUCUUCCCGCUGUAUAGGCCGUGGGCGCUUCUGAACGCCGGUAGGAGUGAAUCGACCGCCGCACCUCCUUACCUCGCUUCCUCCACCCUUUCCCACUUCACAUUCACACAUCAUGGGAGUCCGUAGUCUUGAUGUCUACCUCCGCGAACGGAGACUUACGUCCUCUGCGCCAUUGAGUGCGCUUGCCAACACGCGACUCGGCAUCGACGUCAACUAUUACGUGCGCACGUUGCUUUCGGACCCAGACCAGCGCGAGCCGCUCAUUGCUUCGACCGGUGGCCUGCCGCUUUCGCUGGCCAACCGAAUUGAAAGCGAUCUCCGUCAACUGGACAAGCACAACAUUAAGCCCGUGUUCGUCUUCCCUGGCCUUCCUUUGGCCCAGCGUCCACCUCCCAAGGGCCAGAGCCCCCAAGCAGACCGAGAGAAUGCCGUCAAAAACGAGGCAUGGGCGUAUUACGAAGAUGGACAGGUUGAUCGCGCCGUGAUUGCCUUGACGCAGGUCCGCAACGGCAUGUGGGUCGACACGCAGGACGUUGUCCGCCUUCUUCUCCGCGCAUUCAAGCAUCGGUUUGUUGAAUAUGUCAUGGCCCCCUACCUUCCCGGUGCACAGCUUGCAUACUUGCUUAAGCAUCCUAAGGGCUAUAUUCACGCCAUCUGGUCCGAUUCCGAGGCGUUGCUGUGGCCUGUUGAUCGGGUCAUCGCCUCGAUCGACUGGUCCGGCUCGUUCACCUACUACGACAAGCCUCGCAUUCUCGCAGACAUGAACUUCAGCUACGACCAGUUCCUGGACCUCGGUCUGCUGGCAGGCUGCAGCUUGAGCCGCUCCUUCCCACUCAUCGCUGAAAGCUUCUCCAUGAGAGCGGCGAUGGACUACCUACGGGCAGGCAAGUCUGGACUUGGCGUGUGCCAGGGAUGGGCAGUUCAGCUCAAGGGGACCGGCUACCUCGAAAGCUUUAUGCGUGCGCGCCUAGCCAUCAAGUUCUCUCUAGUCCUGACAACGGACGGGAACUGCCUACCUCUUCCGCUCGUGAUUCCUCCUCCGGGCCAAAACGUUACACCCGCCGACGUUCCAUCUGACCUGGACGAGAUUUUCUCGCCUCGUCUCCCUGAUGAGCUUUACUUCCUUCUGUGUCGAGGCAUGGUUUCCGCGCAGCUCGUAGGCUACCUCGCAUCGGGCAUAAUCGAUGAGCGCCAGCCGCUCGCCGACUCCCCGGAAUACCGCCGUUUCAUCAAAGACAUCAUCACUGAAGGUGCUACGUCACCGCGCUGCACAACUCUUGCGCUCCUCAUCAAUCCCCUCCACCCCCAGUGGGCGCAAAGGCGGAUCUCUGCGCACUACUACUUUGACCCGCCCUACGCUCCUCACCAAGGAGCUACUGUCCCUACUAACGACCCUUUGACGCAGUCUCUCGUUGAAAAGUGCUCGACUUGGAUGGUCCCGCAUCAUGUGCUCGGAGACGAGCUACGACGCCAAUCCGUGAGUUCCUUCCUGACUCGCUGACUCAUAGUCCUCUACCAUCGAUCUUAAGCUUUGCAUCGGCACGCUCGAGAAGGAGGAGACAAUCGCAGCGACCAAAAAGGAGAAGGGGUCGAAAACCUUGGAGAGGAAGGACGAGGUUGUUGCUAACAUCAUUUGGCGACU